AAGAGCCAGGGAGACUUGGGGGGGCAGGAAGUGUGCGCCUGUGUGUGUGUGUGCGAAUGUCGUGGGGGGAGUGCAGCGUCUCCCCACAGAGCCCUUUGCCCGGCUUAUCUGUGAAUAAACAGCCAGAUCGAGCAGCCCCAUCGACUGCCUUGGCACCACGGGUCCAUCCUCAGUGCCUCCAGUGCCACCUCCGCCAUGUGUACCGGGAAGUGCUCCCGGCUGGUGGGCCUCACCCUGGUGGUGGCCAGCCUGGCCUGCAUGGUGGCCAACGUCCUCCUGAUGUUCCCCAAUGCCCAGCGGGAGUGGACCCCCGAUGGCAUCACCCUCCAGGUCUGGCUCCUGGGGGGUCUCCUUGGGGGAGGCCUGAUGGUCCUCUGCACCGGAUGCUCGGCUGUUCGGGCCGGAGGGAAGGGAUGCUGUGGAUAUGGAUGCUGCGGGAACCGGUGCCGGAUGCUUCGCUCUGUCUUCUGUUCCGCCUUCGGGGGCCUGGGGGCCUUCUACUGCCUGGUGGUGGCCUCCACAGCCCUAACCAAUGGACCCCGCUGUGAGACGCAGGACCAUAAGUGGGGGACCCCCUUCAAGGACCUCAGCCAGAGCUAUCUCUACAACCAGACCAUGUGGGACCAGUGCGUGGCACCUCCAAACGUGGUCCUAUGGCACAUCGUCCUCUUCUCCAUCCUGCUGGGCCUGGGUCUCCUGGAGCUGGUGCUGUGUGGGGUGCAGGUGGUCAAUGGCCUCCUGGGGACCCUAUGUGGGGAUUGCCGGAAGGGGGCCGACCGAGAGGGCGAAGGGCUGUGAGGCCGCGAGGGAUCCGGCAUUGGAGCUGCUCCUCCUCUUCCUCCACGCAGAGACCCCCAAACACUCCUCUGGAGACGCCUCGCCUCGGCCCCCUUUCCACCUCUCUGUUGCCAAAGGCGGCUCUGUCUUGGACAGACCAGGAAUAAAAGCGUUCUUCAUCCA